AUGGUUCAUUACAAGCUGACAUAUUUUGAUGGCCGUGGUCUUGCAGAAAUUAUUCGUCAAAUAUUAGUCGUAGGUGGGAGUGACUUCGAAGAUGUGCGCUACAGUUUUGAGGAGUUCCCGAAGCGUAAAGAAGAGUUGCCGUUCGGUCAAGUGCCAGUACUUGAAGUCGAUGGGAAGCAGCUUGCUCAAUCGCAUGCCAUCGCUCGCUAUUUGGCUAGGAGUUUCGUGUUGUUAAGGUCUUGCCGGCAAAAGCGCUUGGGAGGAAGCCAUUCGUUCGAUUCGAUCGCCGAUUUAUACAAGGAUUACACACGCGAAAUUCGGCAGUUCUACAUGGUCUUGCAUGGAUUCGAGAAGGGUGAUUUGGAAGCCGUGGUGAAGGACGUUUUUCUGCCAGCUAACCAGAAGCUUUUCGGAUUUCUUACGAAAUUUCUGAAGAACAACAAGUCUGGAUAUCUCGUUGGAGACUCGUUGACAUGGGUUGAUCUUUUGGUGUCUGACAUAGCCACAUGGUCCGAGAAGUAUCCGACGCUCUAUGAUGGUUUUCCUGAGAUUAAAGCUCACGCCGAGAAAAUCCGUUCGAUUCCGGCAUUGAAGAAAUGGAUCUCAUCUCGCCCAGACACCUACUUCUAA